AUGGCUAAGAAGUCCAAAGGUGCUAAUCUAUCGCAUGUUAUAGAUCAAAAGAGUAUUAGUAAGUUUCAAAGACAGUCUCCAAGCUCUUCUAAUAAAAAAAUAAAGGAUAAAAAGCUUAGAGCAGGAUUGAAGCGUAUCGAUGAGCAAUAUAAAGAUGCUGUUGCUAAUGCUGCAGCUACUGAUUAUUUGCUACCCGAAACGCAGGGUUACUUAGAAGCUGAAGAUGAAAUGGAAAAGACUUUUAAAUUUAGUCAAGAUGAAAUUAAGGCCCAUGUAGAUAUCAGCACUGCCAAUAAAGCACUUGAUCUAAAACUAAAGGAUUUUGGACCAUAUCAUAUUAAUUACUCUAGAACUGGUACCCAUUUACUGGUUGCAGGACGUAAGGGCCAUGUUGCCUCUAUGGAUUGGAGGAAAGGAGAAUUACGUGCAGAACUUCACUUAAACGAGACAGUUCAAGCCGCUACUUACCUGCAGAAUGAGCAAUACUUUGCAGUUGCGCAGAAAAAAUACACUUUUAUAUAUGAUCAUGAGGGUACAGAACUACACCGUCUGAAGCAGCAUAUCGAGGUCAAGCACUUAGAAUUCCUACCCUACCACUAUUUGCUGGCCACAGCAGGCCAAACGGGGUUCUUGAAGUAUCAGGACGUCUCAACAGGACAAUUAGUUACAGAAAUAAAGACAAAGCUAGGACCAACUAUUUCAAUGGCUCAAAAUCCUUGGAAUGCUGUCUUGCACCUAGGUCACGCCAACGGUACGGUUACUUUGUGGGCUCCAAAUAUGCCUACUCCACUAGUUAGGCUUCUAUGUGCCAGAAGCCAGGUUAAGAGUAUUGCAGUUGACAGACAGGGAACGUAUAUGGCUACUACUGGAGCCGAUCGUUCUCUAAAGAUCUGGGACAUAAGGAUGUUUAAAGAAGUUCAUACUGUCGAAAAUCUGCCAACUCCCGGUACCAACGUAUCGAUAUCAGACACAGGCUUGCUUGUGUUGACAAGAGGCCCUCACGUAACACUUUGGAAAGAUGUUUUCAAGCAUGGUUCUGAAGCAAGGCCGUGCUUUACCUCUAGUGGUUUGAAAAACAGGAACACGCCUUAUAUGUCUCAUAUGUUCGCUGGUAAUAGCAUAAACAAUAUUGCGUUUGUACCAUUUGAAGAUUUGAUGGGUGUUGGUCACCAAAAUGGUGUCACCAAUCUAAUCAUUCCUGGUGCUGGUGAAGCAAACUACGAUGCAUUAGAAGUUAACCCUUACGAGACCUCCAAACAAAGACAAGAACAAGAAGUUAGAUCUCUAUUGAACAAACUACCUGCGGACUCAAUCUCUUUGGAUCCUAAUGUUGUUGGAACAGUGGAUAGUCGUUCAUCUCAAGUAAGGCUAACUGCUAAAACUUUAGCAGAAAUCACAGCAUCUCAGCAUAACAUUGCAAAAGAUAACAAGGAUAUCCCAGAUGUUAAACCUGAUGUUAAGAGCAAAAACUCUGGACUGCGUACAUACCUCCGUAAGCAGACCCAGAAUGUUAUUGAUGAGAGAAAACUGAGAGUUCAAAAGCAAUUAGAGAAAGAGAAGUCGCAACGUACGCGGAAGCAUAUGGUCGAGAGGGGAGAACUUGACGAGAAUCAUAAAGAUGUAGUUGAUGAAUCCUUAAGUAGAUUUAGUUGA